GAAGUUCAUCAAGCUUGAAGCCACACAGAACUGACAAACACAUUCUUGCAACCGCUGCCCUUGUCGCGAAUCUGGCUAUGAGCACGACUAUUCCACGGCGAGCAGGCUUCGUCUGCCGCUCUUGCCAGAAGAGCCUCGCCUCCAAACCUCAACAAAACAGAUAUCUGAGCUCAUUCCUCUCCUCAAAGCCGCAACCUCAACACCCUCCCAGACGGCAGGGAAGCGCUGUCCUUUCAUCCUUCCGUCGCAACUAUGCAGCAAAAUCAGCAGGUGCAUCGCGGAGGAUAAUCUCAUCUCAACCUACGACUAUAACCGAGAAUGUUGAAGCUGAAGAAGAGGAUGAAGUCGAGGGCGUGGAAGAGAACGCGACCGAACUACUCAAGUUUGAUACCCUGAGCCCACCGGCCGUCCUCAGAUCAAUCCAGAGGGACGUUGCCAACAUUACCUCUUCGACAAGAGUGCCUUCCGAAAGUACCAUCAGCAUCCUUCUUGAUCUCAUGUUCCAGUUCUCCAACAUCCUCGUCUUCGGCAUCAACAAGGGACCAUCAGAAGUUGAAACCAAGGAAGGAGAAGACCUCGCGGACUCGGUAUUGCGCGACCUGGCGGAAGGUAAAUCAGACGAGAAGGUGUUCAUCCCUGACCGAGAAAUAUCUCAGGCGUUUCGUGACAAGGCUGCCAACACAGUUGCGGAGCUGGCUUGGACAUUGAUGAGAGAUCCCAAAAUCUUCAUCACUGAAGACCUGUUGAACAUUUAUACCCGGGUGCAGUGUCUACUAGGCAAGCCUGAAUACCUGCCCGAGAUCUUCAAUCUCUAUGCAACCAAGAAGGUCCCUAUUGCCGACAGCUCGCCCGUGCGAUACUCUGAACCCUGGUCGAAGAUGCCUCGAUAUGCGGUCCCUCUGCAAAUCGCAGAGUCGGCACUGGAAGCAGCCAUCUUGAAGAAGAACCUUCCUCUCGCAUUGGCCGUGAUCGACACAACGGUCGCGACGCCAGCGUUUCGAAAUAAGAAACUCUUGCUCAAAGCCUCCCUCCCAAUCGCAGGCGUAUCUGCUCUGCCGGUACUCGCGUACGGAGCGGCAUCAUGGAUGGCUGCGAAUCAGAACACGAUGGAUUACGAGAUGUCCAAAUGGACGGCCAUGGCAUGCGCCGCAGCGUAUAUUGGAACUCUGUCCACGAUUGGCUUUGUGGCAAUCACAACAUCAAACGAUCAAAUGGAACGUGUCGUAUGGCGGCCGGGGACGAGUCUAAAUUCGAGGUGGAUCCGUGAAGAGGAACGAGAGUUCUUUGACCGCCUUGCCCUCGCUUGGGGUUUUCAGAAUAAAUCUCGGUGGGGAGAGGAACAGGGACAGGACUGGCAGGUGCUGCGAGACGAAUGUGGCUGCAGAAGCAUGGUGCUCGACAAGACGGACUUGAUGGAGGGUAUGCAGUAAGAAGCCUACAGGUUAAAUUACAUUGCAAGUCGACAGGUAGUGUAGUCGGCAAGAUUUCACAUUGUAUUUUUAC